CUGAGGAACCUCAGACUGUGCGGGACGGUGCCGUACUUCCAACAGAGAAGAGGUUUUCCUGUACUGAGUGCGGAAAGGGGUUCAAAUUUAAAUGCACUCUUAAUGAGCACAUGAGAUCUCACACAGGGGAAAAACCGUAUUCCUGUACUGAGUGUGAAAAAUGUUUUUCAUUUAAGUCCAACCUUAAAACUCAUCAAAGACUUCACACAGGUGAGAAGCCGUAUUCCUGUUCUGAGUGCGGGAAAUGUUUUACAUUAAAUUCAGCUCUUGUCACACAUAAAAGGCUUCACACGGGAGAAAAACUGUACUCCUGUAAUGAGUGUGGGAAAUGUUUUUCAAACAAAUCCAGUUAUGACACACAUGAGAGAUUGCACAGAGGGGAGAAUACAAAUUCCUGUCCUGAGUGCGGGAAAUGUUUUUCCCGAAAGUCCAGUCUUUACACACAUCAGAAAUUGCACACGGGAGAGAAGCCAUUUUCAUGUUCUGAGUGCGGGAAAUGUUUUGCGUUAAAAGAAUCUUAUCACAAACAUGAGAGAUUGCACACAAGUGGGAGGCCAUAUUCCUGUACCGAGUGCGGGAAAUGUUUUACACAGAAGUCCAAUCUUUACAUACACCAAAGAACUCACACGGGGGAAAAGCCAUUUUCAUGUCCUGAGUGCGGGAAAUGUUUUUCAGAUAAGUUUUAUCUUUCUACACAUGAGAGAUCUCACACAGGGGAAAAGCCAUAUUGCUGUCCUGAGUGCGGGAAAUGUUUUUCACAGAAGUCCAAUCUUUCCAGACAUCAGAGAUUUCACACAAUAGAGAAGCCAUUUUCAUGCCCUGAGUGCGGGGAAUGUUUUUCAGAUAAGUUUUAUCUUUCUGCACAUGAGAGAUCUCACACGGGGCAAAAGCCAUAUUCCUGUCUUGAGUGUGGGAAAUGUUUUUCACAGAUGUCCAAUCUUUACAUUCACCAAAGAUCUCACACGGGGGAAAAGCCAUAUUCCUGUCCUGAGUGCGGGAAUUUUUUUUCAGCGAAGAGCACUCUUUCCAGACAUCAGAGAUUGCACACAGGGGAGAAGCCGUAUUCCUGUACUGAGUGCGGGAAAUGUUUUUCACGGAAGUACUAUCUUUCCACACAUCAGAGAUCUCACACAGGGGAGAAGCCAUAUUCCUGUCCUGAUACUGAGUGCGGGAAAUUAUUUUCACAGAAGUCCUUUCUUGACCUUAAUCAGAGAUCUCACACAGGGGAAAAGCCACAUUCAUGCCCUGAGUGCGGGAAAUGUUUUUCACACAAGUCCAGUCUUUCCAUACAUCAGAGAUUGCACACAGGGGAGAAGCUGUAUUCCUGUACUGAGUGUGGGAAAUGUCUUGUAAACAAGUCACUUCUUUACAGACAUCAGAGAACACACACGGGAGAGAAGCCAUUUUCAUGUCCUGAGUGCGAGAAAUGUUUUUCCCACAAGUCCAGUCUUUCCAUACAUCAGAGAUUGCACACGGGGGAGAAGCCGUACUCCUGUGCUGAGUGUGGGAAAUGUUUUGCAAAGAAGCCACAUUUUUUCGAUCAUCAGAGAUCUCACACGGGAGAGAAGCCAUUUUCGUGUCCUGAGUGUGGGAAAUGUUUUUCACAAAAGUCCAGUCUUUACACACAUCAGAGAUUGCACACGGGGGAAAAGCCAUACUCCUGUGCUGAGUGUGGGAAAUAUUUUUCAGUGAAGUGCAAUUUGUACAAACAUCAGAGAUCUCACACGGCGGAGAAGCCACAUUCCUGUCCGGAGUGCGGGAAAUGUUUUUCAGAGAAGUCCAGUCUUUCCAGACAUCAGAGAUUUCACACAGGGGAAAAGCCACAUUCCUGUCCGGAGUGCGGGAAAUGUUUUUCACAGAAGUCCAAUCUUUCCAUACAUCAGAGAUCUCACAAGGGGGAGAAGCAACUUUCCUGUCCUCAGUGUGGGAAAUGUUUUUCACACAAGUCCAGUCUUUACACACAUCAGAGAUCGCACACGGGAGAGAAGCCAUUUUCAUGUCCUGAGUGUGGGAAAUGUUUUUCACACAAGUCCAGUCUUUCCAUACAUCAGAAAUUGCACAUGGGGGAAAAGCCAUAUUCCUGUGCUGAGUGCGGGAAAUGUUUUGUAAACACGUCACAGCUUUACAAACAUCAGAGAUCUCACACAGGAGAGAAGCCAUAUUCAUGUCCUGAGUGCGGGAAAUGUUUUUCAGCGAAGAGCAAUCUUUCCAAACAUCAGAGAUCUCACACGGGAGAGAAGCCAUUUUCAUGUCCGGAGUGUGGGAAAUGUUUUUCAGCGAAGAGCAAUCUUUCCAAACAUCAGAGAUCUCACACGGGAGAGAAGCCAUUUUCAUGUCCGGAGUGUGGGAAAUGUUUUUCAGCGAAGAGCAAUCUUUCCAAACAUCAGAGAUCUCACACGGGAGAGAAGCCAUUUUCAUGUCCGGAGUGUGGGAAAUGUUUUUCAGAUAAGUCCAAUCUUUCCAAACAUCAGAGAUCUCACACGGGAGAGAAGCCAUUUUCAUGUCCGGAGUGUGGGAAAUGUUUUUUAGAUAAGUACCAUCUUUGCAGACAUCAGAGAUCUCACACAGGGGAGAAGCAUAUUCCUGUCCUGAGUGUGGGAAAUGUUACUCAUUGAAGUCCUGUCUUCCUUUACAUCAGCACAAAGUGGGUCCAGCAGCGAUUACUGCAGAUAAUCAUUGGCUGUGUAGAGAGCCCAGAAUAGGUGUGGCUGCCACUGAACUGUCAUUAUAGUGACCAUGGCCGGCAGACACACCUACCCACUGAUAGCCACAGGAGGAGCUGCCGCUAGCAUAUGUAUGUGCUGUGGGUGGGGGUUGGGGUGAACAAUUAAAAUCUGGAGGGAUGCAGCCCAAUCCAGCACCUCCCUAGAUCUGACCAUGCAGCAUUUACUUACCUGGCUCCCAUGCAUUCCCUACUGCCAUUGUCAUUGCAAACAUGGCAGUUCCGGCAUCCCUCCAGCGGUGCAUUUGCCUGACUUGUCCAUGUAGACUGCUAUGUUUGCAUGGCAUCCUCAGUGUCCCACUAGAUGGGCUUGUCUGUGUCGGCCACCUUGGCUGCUGAGUGUGACCACGAGAGGGUAAUACCAGUUAUCUGACAUUAACCCUUUCAGAGCCAGUGUUGAUCUCCUUUUUUUUUG